AUGGAGAAUUAUCAAGGUGAUUUAACCGACAUAAUCCGCGCCGGCGCCGGCGCCACAACAACAACCGGGUCGCCGUCGGUCGGAACUCUCCUAUCAGAAGGUCUGGUCUCCGUCAACUGGGAAUUCCCUCCCCCCGAUCCACUACUCCACACCACCACCACCACCACCGCCACUUUCUCCUCCGCCUUACUACUCGACCACGACGACGACAACGACGGCGGCGGAGGUGGCGGCUUCGGCGACCCCUUUUUCAACUUCCGAGAUCCGCUCCUCCACGAGGUCGUUCCGGCCGCCUCCCCUCCACCCGCCCCUACGCCGCCUUACUUCUCCCCUGCUCAUCUGCUACACGCCGGCGGCGACCAGGGAUACAGCAGCUUGCUGACCGGUGCAAACAACGGAAGCACUCCUACUCUGCAGCAGCAGCACCACCAUAGCAAUAACAUCUUCUCACGGAUUCAGAUCUCGUCGCCCAAGUCAGCGGCGGGAUGCGAUUCAUCUCCGGGUUUUGCGGGGGUCGCUUCCCCCAGGAUAGGUUUCAACAAGGCGACCGACUUGAUCAACGGGCAUAGUAAUAAAAACGGUAACAAUAAUAAUAAUAAUAAUAUCUCCUCCUCCAAAGCUACUACUACAGCUACAACCACGGCGACUGCAAGUUGCUUGAUUGAAAAUCAAAAUACUAGUGCAACUACAACCACCGCCUCUGCUGGCCCGCCGCUGCAGAUCUCGUCCCCGCGGAAUCUGGGUAUCAAACGACGGAAGAGCCAGGCGAAGAAGGUGGUGUGCAUCCCUGCGCCGGCGGCUGCCAACAGCCGGCCAAGUGGGGAAGUGGUGCCCUCCGAUCUGUGGGCUUGGAGGAAGUACGGCCAGAAACCCAUCAAGGGCUCCCCUUAUCCCAGGGGAUACUACAGAUGCAGCAGCUCGAAGGGGUGCUCGGCGAGGAAGCAGGUGGAGCGUAGCCGAACCGACCCGAACAUGCUGGUCAUCACCUACACGUCGGAGCACAAUCACCCCUGGCCCACCCAGCGCAACGCCCUCGCCGGUUCGACCCGCUCCCACCCGCUCAAGCACCACCACAACCACAACAGCAACAACAACGGCACGUCGUCAUCCUCCGCCGGGUCAAAGAACUCCUCCUCCAACGCCAACGCCAACAAUAAUAACAUUAAUAUUAAGGAAAAUCACAGCAAGGACCACGCUGCUGGUGUCAGCAUGAGCAGCGAGGACGGCGAGGGUGACGAUGACUCGGCCGGCUUCCUGACUGCCACUGCCAGCUGUAGUACUGCUGGCGUGGCAGCAGUGAAAGAGGAGCAGGCUGACGUGGAUGAUGAUGAUCGGGAUACGACGAAGCAGAUGAUGGAGAUGGAGCUGGAGAUGAGCCACGAGUGUGCCGAGUUCAGCGGAGGGUUCUCGACGGACAGUUACCGGCCCGCGCUCGCUGCUCCUUCGGAUUUCUUCUCGGACUUGGGGGAGAUAGAUGCUGACGUGGACCCUCUGGAGCUGCUGUUUAGCCAGGGAGGCGGUGGAGAUGAGCGGAAGGAUGAGAAAGGUGGUGGCGGUGGGUUGGAGCCUUCUUUGUUCAGCAUGUUUGAUUGGUCUACCUCAUCACUUGCGAUGGACAACCAGUACAACAACAACAACAACAUUACUGCUGCUUCGUUUGGGGGUCAGGAAGCUGCUGCUGCUGCUGCCAGUAAGAGGGACUAG